AAUACUCUACGUACUACUACGAACAGCGAACUAACCAUGAACUAACCCUUCUUUUAUGUCUAUGAAUCUAUGAACUAACCCUACAAACAAAGAGUAGGUAAACCUACUUUAUUUAAAAUAGAGGGAACUUGCAAGUGUUAUGUUAAUUUUAUUAUUCUCUUUGUAAAUAAAUAUCUAUAUACACUGUUUUAUUCAAUUUCAUUACAAUUGUUGGUGUUAGAUUAGAUACACAAUUAGAUUUUUAUUGAAUUCAGUGACAAUAAUGUAUCGUAGAAAAGCCAAAAUUAAUAAUAACAAUAAAGGUAACAUUCGAAAUAAAGCAGGUUUUGAUUCCGAUCAUGAAGAAAUCAACGAAACACAGAAAAAAAAGGAGCCCGUUCAUCUUUCAGAAUCGACAUCAAGUGUAAUACCUGCCUUGAAUGUCUUUAGGUUUCAAAAGAAACCCCAUAUAAAAGUAGAAUAUGAAAAGGAGUCUUCCAGAGAGGAAACCAAAGGUUUAUGGGAACCUACAAAUUGGAAGGAAUUUUUGGUCAAUUUAAAGAUAAUGAGAUCCAAUAAUGAUGCUCCAGUAGACUCCAUUGGAUGUCACAAAGCCAUGGAUGAGAAUGCACCUCCAGAGGUAAUGCGGUAUCAAAGUCUUAUAGCUCUAAUGUUAUCUAGUCAGACCAAAGAUCAAGUGACUUUUGCUGCAAUGGAACGUCUCAAAGCCAGGGGUCUGACUGUGGAUAAUGUGCUGAGCAUGACAGAUGAAGAAUUGGGACAGUUAAUAUAUCCUGUUGGAUUUUGGAAAACAAAAGUAAAAUACAUAAAGAAAACAACUCAAACCUUAAAAGAACAGUAUAAAGGAGAUAUACCAGACUCUGUAGAUAAACUUUGCAAACUCACUGGUGUAGGACCUAAGAUGGCUCACAUUUGCAUGCAAGUUGCUUGGAAUAAAGUCACUGGGAUUGGGGUUGAUACACAUGUACACAGAAUUAGUAACAGGAUAGGCUGGGUGAGUAAGCCUACAGCUACUCCUGAAGAAACCAGAAAAGCUCUACAAACUUGGCUACCUUUUGAGUUGUGGAGUGAAGUAAAUCACCUUAUGGUAGGAUUUGGACAAACAAUAUGUUUGCCUGUAAACCCUAUCUGUAAUGAAUGUUUGAAUAGAGAUAUUUGUCCAUCUAGUGGAAAGGGAAGAAAAUCGCCAUCUAAAAAAUCUCCUAUCAAGACAGAAAUUAAAACAGAAUAUGAUGAUUUCAUUCCUAAAACAGAGCUCAAUUUGAUUAAAACUGAACCUAACAAAUGCAACAAAAGAAAAGCUCCAAAAACAGAGAAUACAAAAUUAUUAGAGUCUGGUAAUGAAUUACAUACACAGAAGGGUGUUGAAAUUCUACAGAAAACAGAUUUUCAGUUAAAUAAAGAACACAACAAAUCUCCUCAGAAAAGAAAAUCACCUCGAAAUAAAAAGGAGCAAGGAGAAGGCUCUUGCAGAGCAGAAAUUAAAAAGUCUAGAUCUGCCAAAAAUAACUCAUGUUGAUUAAAGCGUUUGUUUUGUAUGUUAUCAUUAUGAAUACUAAAAGGCUAAUUGGUGAAUAUAAUAAAUAAGAGAAUUACAUAU